GCUUCCCUCGUUAUCGUGUCCGCUCCGCGCUUGACUGGUGAUGAUGCAUCCUGGGCAUUUCUGGGAAGGCGAGUUGCGCGCGGGUUGAUUGCGCUGAUCGUCCCGAGGAUCGGCAUGUAUUUUCUGUGAGUUGUGCUGAGGAUAGAUUUACACGCUGCAAUGGUGACAUAAACAGCUACGCUGGACUGGAAUAAAUUUUGAAACAUCUCUCUUUAAUAUAAAUGUUGCUGCCAUUGGAAACCAUAUAAGGCAUUACUUACAACAUGACUUUUAUUGUGAAGCUUCAUAGACAUUUUCAGAGAACAGUUAUACUGCUGGCUACCUUUUGUACGGUGAGCAUAGUUAUUUCAGCAUACUAUUUGUACAGUGGCUACAAACAGGAGAAUGAACUUUCUGAGAUCUCUUCAGAAGUGGAAUGUGGAGAUCUUCCAGUCCUACUGCCCUACAAGUUAGCACCAUGGAGGACCAUGAAACCCAUCGAUCCCCUAAGAACAGAUCCUGUGGUUCUGGUUUUUGUGGAAAGCCAGUACUCAGCACUUGGACAAGACAUAAUCAUGAUUUUGGAGUCCAGCAGAUUCCAGUAUCAUAUAGAAAUUGCUUCUGGGAAAGGUGACCUUCCUGUGCUUAUAGAUAAAAACAGAGGCAAAUAUGUUCUCAUCAUAUAUGAAAAUAUAUUUAAGUAUCUGAAUAUGGAUUCUUGGAAUCGAGGCCUUCUACAUAAGUACUGUGGAGAAUACGGUGUAGGGAUGAUUGGGUUCCAUAAAAGCAGUGAAAACAAUUUGCAGACUGUCCAGUUAAAAGGUUUCCCUUUCUAUAUCCAUAGCAGUGUGAAUGUUAAAGACUGUUGCAUCAAUCCUCAUUCUCCUCUGCUCCAUUUGACUAAAUCAUCUAAAUUUGAUAAAGGCCCUUUACCUGGCAAUGACUGGACUGUUUUCCACAUAAAUCAUUCAGCCUACCAACCUGUUAUAUUUGCAAAAGUAAAAGCUCCUGAAAACCUCCCUCCACCUGUAAUUAAAAAUGCAGUCCAUGCAACUGUCAUUCAUGACUUGGGACUUCAAGAUGGGAUUCAACGUGUUCUUUUUGGCAACAAUUUGAACUUCUGGCUACACAAGCUCAUAUUUAUAGACGCUAUUUCAUUCUUGACUGGGAAGAGGCUCAUGUUGUCCUUGGAUAGAUACAUUCUUGUUGAUAUAGAUGACAUCUUCGUUGGCAAGGAGGGAACAAGGAUGAAGGCCAAUGAUGUUCAGGCACUCCUUGAUACUCAGAAUCUUAUGAGAGCUCAAAUUACAAAUUUCACUUUCAACCUGGGAUUUUCAGGGAAAUUUUACCAUACAGGAACUGUAGAAGAAGAUGAAGGUGAUGACCUAUUACUGGGAUCUGUGGAUGAAUUCUGGUGGUUUCCUCAUAUGUGGAGCCACAUGCAACCUCAUCUCUUCCAUAAUGAGUCAUCUCUGGUGGAACAAAUGAUUCUCAACAAAAAAUUUGCUUUAAAGCAUGGCAUUCCAACUGAUAUGGGAUAUGCUGUAGCACCACACCAUUCUGGUGUCUAUCCUGUUCAUGUUCAGCUCUAUGAUGCCUGGAAGAAAGUCUGGAAUAUCAAAAUCACGAGCACAGAAGAAUAUCCACAUCUAAAACCUGCACGGUUCAGAAAAGGCUUCAUCCACAAAAACAUAAUGGUUCUUCCUCGACAAACAUGUGGUCUUUUUACUCAUACAAUUUUCUACAAGGAGUAUCCAGGUGGUCCAAAAGAACUUAACAAAAGUAUACAGGGAGGGGAGUUGUUCUUCACAGUUGUCCUCAAUCCAAUCAGUAUAUUUAUGACCCACUUGUCUAACUAUGGGAAUGACCGGUUGGGUUUGUACACCUUUGUCAAUCUGGCCAAUUUUGUUCAAAGCUGGACGAACCUGAAGCUGCAGACACUACCUCCGCUUCAGUUGGCUCACAAGUACUUUGAGCUCUUCCCUGAGCAGAAAGACCCUCUUUGGCAGAACCCUUGUGAUGACAAGCGGCACAGAGAUAUCUGGUCUAAAGAAAAAACAUGUGAUCGUUUGCCCAAAUUCCUGGUGAUUGGACCCCAGAAAACAGGCACAACAGCUUUGUAUUUGUUCCUGAUUAUGCAUCCUUCCAUCAUUAGUAACUCCCCCAGCCCCAAAACCUUUGAGGAGGUACAGUUCUUUAAUAGAAAUAACUACCACAGGGGGAUUGAUUGGUAUAUGGAAUUCUUUCCCACACCAUCUAAUGUCACCACAGACUUUCUCUUUGAAAAGAGUGCCAACUAUUUCCAUUCUGAAGAAGCCCCUAAACGAGCAUUUUCUUUGAUUCCCAAGGCAAAAAUCAUCACCAUUCUCAUUGAUCCAUCAGAUCGAGCAUAUUCCUGGUAUCAGCAUCAGCGAUCACACAAAGACCCGGCUGCACUAAAGUUUACCUUCUAUCAAGUGAUCACUGCUGGUCAUCAUGCUUCAUCUGAGCUUAAGGCUUUGCAGAAGAAAUGCCUGAUACCCGGGUGGUAUGCCACCCAUAUAGAAAGAUGGCUGACCUAUUUUCCACCUUAUCAGUUACUAAUUAUUGAUGGACAGCAGCUAAGAAAUGACCCAGCUAUCGUGAUGGAUGAAGUACAGAAGUUUUUGGGAGUUACUCCUCAUUAUAAUUACUCAGAAGCCCUAACGUUUGACUCACACAAAGGCUUCUGGUGUCAACUUCUAGAAGAAGGAAAAACAAAAUGCCUUGGAAAGAGCAAAGGCAGAAAAUACCCUCCAAUGGAUCCUGAGUGCAGAAUUUUCCUGUCAAGCUACUACAGAGAUCACAAUGUGGAACUGUCAAAGCUGUUACACAAAUUGGGACAACCACUGCCGUCGUGGCUGAGACAAGAAUUACAAAAAGUGAGAUAGCGCAGAAAGAAACUUUCUUGGAAAAGUUCUUCUUCACUUCAAAAAUCAUCAAUCCUACCAUCUCUGGGAACUAGCAGAAAGCUUUUGCAAAUUAUCUAUUUUGAAAAGAACACAUGCGUUUUGUGCCAUAGGCUGGCAAGUGGACUAUGAAAAAAGAUGUGCAAAUAUCGCAGGAGGCACGUGGUAUUUCCUAGUAAUCUCUGGGUAAUGUAGAUUCAAUAGGCCAAAAUGCACCAAAACGUUCAUUGGUGCCAGCCCCAUUAAAAUGGGCACUUCACAGCUAUCCAGAAGUACUCAUGUACUUCUCACUCAUUUCAGUAGGGCAGGCACAGGAAAAAAUUAAGCGGAUUGUGCCUGUAAAGUUCUGUGAUCACACAUGGAAGUAAAUAACUGGUUUACGUUUCAAAAGCAAAGCUACAUAGCUAUCCAAAAAUCAUAUGGUAGUAAAUAUUUACAAUUUUAUAUAUUAUAUUAAUAUCAGAUUAAGGAUAUUGUGUCUCAUGUCGAUUUUGUAACCCACUGUCUGCCUGCUCAGUUUUAAAAUUGUUUGAUUACAAUGGUGUGUCUUAUAUUUUUAAACAAUGAGAAAAUAUGUAGCACAAGUGUAUUUCCCACUUUACAAUCUGACUUCUAAAUGUGGAACUAGUUUUUUAAAUUAUUAUUAUUUCACAAUCUGUGGUAAAAAUAUAUUUUGUUUGGAAGUACCCAGUUGGUUAGAAACUGUGUGAUGAGCUAAAACAUGACAUGAAGAACUUCUGGAGGACAUUACAUUAUGGAUAUGAUUUGUCUGGCUGAAUCCUUUCAUACCAAUCAUAGAGUUGAGAGUUCUUGCAGGCCUAUAGGAACCAUCUCUUCCUGAACAGAUGGCAGCUGAGACAGAAAAUAGUACUGUACUUGAACUGAUUUUCUGUAAUGAAUGCUUCAAGGUGCUAUGCUUGCAGAUCUCUGAAUCAGAGCAAGAACUACAUAUCGAACCAAAAGAUACUGCUAUAAACAGCAGAUCUUCUUCCCCCAGCCAUAAUCUCUUAUACAUUCCUUUCCUUUACUGGAGUAUGGCUUUUGGAAUUUGACAUUACAAAAGGGUUUAUUAUGAUGAUUUUGUCAUUUAUUUGCAUAUCAAUACAAUCUAUAGAUUAUGCAAAUGAACAACAUAUUAUCUAUGUUGUCUUUUCAAAAUGACAUAAACAGUAAAAUCCCAGCUUGUACAGGUUUACAUGUAUGGAACUUUGAAACACUAUGGCAGUACAAUACCUGUGAUUUUAAUUUAUAUGGAUCUUUGUCUGCCUUUUGCCAUCGGUGAAGCUAAGUUAGAAAUAUUCAAGAGUUUUUGCAGUUGCCUGGAACUGGAAAAGAAGAACUGACUGAAAUCAGUAUUUCCACAUCAGGGGGAAAAUGUGAUAAGUCACCUUAAAGAAGACACAUCUAGUUUCUCUUACACUAUUACUUGUUGUCCACAUUAUCGAUUUUUUAAAAACAGCAUAGACUCCUAAAUGUUCCUAGAGAUGGACUGAUUUUCUUUUCAUUGGGCUGUGCUCACAGUUUACGAAGCACUAGAUGAAUGAUGAACUUUCUUCAGUCAUUGGUCCCAUUUGUGAUAUUUUCAUUACCUACCAUCAUUUAUUGCCUUGCAAAAAUUAGGCCUUUAAUCAGUACAGACAUAGAAGGAGAGCUUCUGUUGUAUCUCUGCCAUUGUUACAUUAUAAGCAAAUGUAAAAUUGUUCCUGGAUAUGUAUGCAGUUUCUUCUUCAUCUGUGAUGGAGUCACUGCAGAACUGUCAGUUUAUCCUUUACCAUACUGUGCAGUACUAUAGGAGAUUUCUUUAAUGUUUUUCAAAUUUAGGAUUUAAUCCAAUAUUAGUCCUACGCAGAAUGGAUCCACUGAAACUAAUGAGGUUUAUUGGUAACAACAUAUUAAACUCCCUCUGAUUUUAAUCAGUUAAGUAGAAAGGCCAUUGGAUUUAAAAUGCUGAUGCACUAUAUCUUUUAACAUUAAAAUAUUGAAAGCUUCCCAGGAGGAGGGGGGGGCAAGGAGUGGGAUUUUGUUGUUCUUCUUUUCUUAAGGGAGGUGGGCCAACUAGGGUUGUCUGAGGUGUACAUGCCAUGUGAAUGCAACCUUAAGCAACCCUAAUUAGGCUGCUAUGGCCUGCUUCAGUAGACCUGUGCAGUCAAGCCCUAAGUUUCAAUAAACAUAACGAGACUUAAAGGCAUAUAUAUAGCAUUGCAAAGCCUGUCAUUUAACACUGGUUAGACAUUUAAAUAAGGUCACUAAAACUCCAAAGUGAUUUGACAGCACACAAAGUUAUUUAAAUGCCAGAACAAAUAUGAGCAUACACUUUUACAUUUUUAGUUUAACAUUUUUAUUAUGAAAACUCAUGGGAGAUGUUGAGAGCUGCCGAUCUGAAAUAAAAAACUGAGUGUGAUUAUUAGCAGAAAGGAAGUGUUAAAGGGACAUAAACAUAUGGAAAACCCCACAAUGGGUGUCAGUCAAUCUAAGCAAAUACACAUGGUUUUGCUGAAGUAUUUGCCCAGCUCUAUACAUGUGAAAAUGGAGAAUAGAACCAAUCUUCAGAAUAUAUUGUACAGAUUAUACUUUAUUAUUGCUGAUAAAUGUGAAGCUUCCUCAGGAAGAAUAAAAUAGCUAUUUCAGUGUUUAUAGAUGUAAUAUUCUUCUCAUUCACAUUGAAUGAAAAUUGCUGGAAAUGUUUUUCUCAAUUUUUUAAAAUAAAAUAUGAAACUAGACAUUAUUCUGAUAGUGGCAUGAUUUCUGCUGUGCAACAAUAAACUCUGAUAAGAAAACAACCUCACCACUUGGUAGUGACUUUAUUCUCAUGCAAAUUCACUUACUCUUUCUCCAGCAUUUAUGGAAUCCUGACACCAAGAUAUAACAUACUCUAGAAGAAACAGAGCUUCCUGACAUAAGUUUUUAUUUUUAUUUAUU